UUUGUGCGCCCAGUGUGCGUGUGCGAGUGUGCGUGCGCGUAGAUGUGUGUGUGUGUUUUGAUGAGCGUGCAAACAGCAGAAGGAAGCGAAAUAAGAAAUAACACAAACACACGCUCAAUAUGUAUUAUUGAACUCAACUACUGGCCAUUUGCAUGUGAUGCGAAGCGAUGUGCUUACAGCUGUUCAAUUGUUUUAUUCCUCGAUUGCAACUCUGCGCGAUCUCCGCUUUCGGUUUUGAGUUGACCCUUUGAACCGCUAACCGUUUAACCGUUAACCGAUUUGCCGUCCUGUGUGCUUGUCGCUCUGUCAGUGUGUGUGUGUGUGUGUGUGUGUGUUUAUUUUGUCUUCUUUUAGUUCAUUUCUCGUGUAGUUCUUGGUUUUUUUUUUCUGCUGUUUCGCCUGACAAGUGAUAUUGCUCUCUUGCUCUGAGUCAGCAGCGCCUGUCAAGCGGAGGGUUGUUUUUUUUUCCUUCCCAGCCGCUCCCCCUCAAUCACCACACCCUCCCCCUUCACCGCAUAUCUGCGCCACAUUGCCUUCAAAACUUCAUUUCCAACCACUUGCCGUCGACGUCGACGUCAUCGCAGCCAUACAACAAACCACCGAGACACCACCCCCACCAGCACCCCACUCAUCUGUUCUCAUUCCAACCUUCAGUGUCAUUGGCACUCGCUUACAGUUUGUUUAGUUUGCCUUUAAGUUGUGCGUUGUCUGCUAAAUGAAAAAAAAAGCAUAAAAAAACAAAAGAGUAUAAAAUAAUAACCAACAAGGGGCAUGGCAAAUCAGUUUACGAUAUUUUUGUUUUUGUACUGCCCAAUUAGAAAGCAAACCAAUACAAAUACAAGACAAUAAGUGAACUGAGAACCGCAAAACGCUAAGGAAAAAACCAAAAACCCAAAGAAAUAAAAUAAACGUUGCACCCACCACCGCCUCACGCUCACCGCCUCACCGCUCGCCCGCUAGUUUAAAGCUAAUGCCACCGCCCACCACCACUAGAACUACUACUUCCACCACAACCACUAGUACCACCACCACCAAGAACCAAGUACCACAACCACCAACUACCAGCCUCGAUCUGAACCACUUCGCAAUCAAAUAACAAGAAAAGAGUUAAAUGUAAAAAAGAAAGAAAGAAAGGCAGAGUCCAGAUUCCGAGUCCACUUGUCCAAAAUGUCGUCAAAUGUUGAAAAAUACCCAGGCAAAAUUCGUAUUGACCACCAAGCAUAUGAGCUUGUGGCUAAAGGUGUCUCCGGCAUCGACUUGUUUCAUGUUGUAACUCGAGGACUUUCGUUUAUUGGCAACAAUAAUGGUCAGCACAACAUUGACAACACUGGCUGCUGGACAAACAACUAGUAGCAGUAAUCACCAUCACCACCACCAUCACAGCCACCACCAGCAGCAGCAGCAGCAGCAGCAACAGCAGCAGGAACAGUCGCAGCAGCAGCAGCAGCAGCCGCAUCAGCAGUUGCCAUACCAGCAACGCGGCUACUACGCACAGAACGGCAGCUUGGAGCUAGACUGCGACACCAGCAACACGAACAGCAACGGCAACAGCAACAGCAGCAGCAGCAACAACAUUGGCUACCAGCAACACCAGCAGCAGCAGCAACAGCAGCCGCCGUUGAUCCUGUCGCAGGCUCUGCUGUCGCCAUCGCCGCCGCUCAACGAUCAGAUCAGCUUGCUAUUCCCCAAGUGCCGACCCAAACAGCAGCAGCAACAGCAACAGCAACAGCAACAGCAGCAACAGCAGCAACAGCAGCAGCAACUUCAGCCAGCACAACAGCAGCAGCAGCAACAUGUCCUCCCCACAGACGUGAAUCGCAGCUGCAACAGCAACAGCAACCGGAGCAGCAGCCCCACGUCAGCGGGAGUGAUUGGAGAGCCGUUGGCCGGCGUCAGUGUUAGUCCGCCGCCACCGCCCAAGGCCACGCCCACCAGCACGCCCAGCUAUUACAAGAGCGUGAACAUUAUAACGCAAUCACCGCCGCCACACUCAGCAUCCUCGCACUCCUCCGAAUCGCUGUCCUCGGUGACGCCUCGCAUUUCCACGAAUCCCUUUCUGUGUGCACCACUCACGCCGCCCACACCACCGCACCACCAGCAUCAACAGCAGCAGCACCACCACCACCACCAACACCAGCAGCAACAGCAGCAGCAGGAGCAACAGGAGCAGGACACCACGGGCGAGUCAGUUGUGGAGGGCAGCAGAAGCAGCAGGUGCGGCGCUGCUGGCGAGGUGCUCGAUUAUCCCGCCUCGUUCUACUACCACACGGUGGGCGAUAGUAGGCGUGGUCCCGUGCCCGGCUACACGGAGAUGCCGCGCAAACGCAACAGUGCGUUGCCCGCCAGCAACAGGCAGCAGCAGCAGCAACAGCAGCAACAGUUGCACAACGGCAACGGCAGCCAGAAUCCCUUCAUUAAGGAGAACUACUGGGAGGCACCGCCGACACGAGCCAGUCUGCUGCUCCACUCGCCCACGGAGUAUUCCGAGGAGCCACAACAGCAGCAGCAGCAGCAGCAGCAACAGCAGCAACAGCAGCAGCAGCAACAGCAGCAACAUACGCAUGCCUCAGCCAGACGAGCUUACCACCAGCAGCGGGAGCAGGUUUACGGAAUCAGUCAGCGAUCGCAGCAGCAGCACAUAUUGCGGGUGGGUCGAAGUCCAGUUAAUCGCAGCUUUCCACAGCAGCAGCAGCAGCAGCAACAGCAACAGCAGCAACAGCAGCAGCAGCAGCAGCAGCAGCAGCAACAGCAGCAGCAACAGCAGCAGCAACAGCAACAUCAGCAGAUUCCAACUGCCAGGAGCAAUCCCUGUGCCGACGGCCUGACUCCGCUGGCCAGCCACUAUCUGUAUGGCAGCAAGUCAUCGUUGGAUCAGCAUCCCGGCGAUUGGGAGCCGCGGGAGCAGCGCAAACUGAGGCUGCGCGAGGAGCGGGAAAGGGAGAGGGAAAGGGAGCGAGAGAGGGAAAGGGAGCGAGAAAGGGAAAGAGAAAGAGAACACCUGUUGCUGGAGCAACAGCAGCAGUUGCAACUGCAGGAAGUGCAGGCGGCCAGGGACAACCACCUCAGCCACUUGGCGGGUCAGCAGCAGCAACAGCAGCAGCAGCAGCAGCAGCAGAGGAAGCGACACGUUUACGGCGAGGAGCGGGAAUCCCGAGAGAGGGAUCGAGAGCGGGACAUGGAGCGGGAUCAUCGCCUGGUCAAUGGAAAUGCAGAGCCCAACGAGAGCUGGCAGCAUCUGCGCGUUACGACCGAAACGUUGGCGGAGGAGGGCGGCAAACACGGCAAGCCGGUGGAUAAGCACCAGCAGCACCAGCAGCACCAGAUGCACAAUACGAACCCAAGUCAGAAUCCGGAGGUGAAUGUCUACAGGGAGCACAAGCUGGACAAGCUGGACAAGCUGGACGCCUGGAAGCUGGAGCGCAACUACACGCUGGCCGUGGAGUCGCGUCACGGCAUCAUUGAGUACGAGGGCUCGCCCAGACGCAUUGGAGUGACCAGCAGCAAUGUGCUGGCAACUGGAGCGGCGGCGACGGCAUCAGCAGCAGCGGACGAAAGCGAACCACCAGCAGCGGCAGAAGCUGCAGCAACAGCAACAGCAGCAGCAGCAGCAACAGCAGCACCGCAACCACAGCAGCAGGUGCCCAUGGCCACCGUACCACCGCUGAGCUCCACGGCCACCUCGCUGCAGAAGACGGCCGCCCGCGCAGCACUGGCUGCUCUGGCCCAGAGCCAUCCACACAACUCCCACAACAUACUCAGCUCACUGCUGCCGCACUCGCCCAAUCCCAUCCAGAGCUAUCCAGUGCGUCCGGGAUUUCCGCAGCGCAUCAUCUCGCCGCCCAGUCGUGAGCCACGCAGCAGCUCCCCUCCCCUGCAGCAGCAGCAAUAUCAGCAGCAGCAGCAGCAGCAGCAGCAGCAGCAACAGCAGCAGCAGCAGCAGCAACAGCAACAGCAGCAACAGCAGCUGCAACAGCAACAGCAACAGCUGCAACAGCAACAGCUGCAGCAUCAGCAGCAGCACUUCGCCAGUCUGAUGAGCAGUCACAGUAACAACAACUCCAACACUAACAAACAGCCGCUGAGCAGCGACAACAAUGCGGAGGACACCAGCAACGAUGUGUCCGAGAUUGGCACCAUAUCCGACCUGACCACUCCGGAGGCAGUGGGUCUGUCCAUUGGAUUCGCCGCAGGCGAGUUGGCCAGCCGGGCGGGCACUCCACCGCAAACGGCGCAAGCUCCACCGACAUCAGUGGCGGGCAGCACUGCCAAUGGAAUCGCAACCGGAAACGGAAAUGGAAACGGAAACGGAACUGCGAACGGAACAGCAAACGGAAAUGCAGCAGCAACGGGCAGCGGAUUGGUGCCCUUGAGCCUGCACACUAAAUCAUCGACCUUCGAUUAUCUGUACGAGUUCUCGGAGACGCGCAAGGUGCUGGAGGAGUUCUUCAAGUGCCCCUCCACCGACGAGCAGCCCAUCAUGGAGAACGGCAGCGAUGUGGACAGCAUUGAUAUCCAGUACGAGUUCCACAGCAACUUUGAGCGCGACGAGGAGGAUUUGGCCGAGGAGGAGGAAGCCGAUGACGACGAGGAGAUCGACGACGAUGCCGACGAGGAGAACGACGAGGCCGAGGAUGAGGACGAGCCAUUGGACCAGGAUCGUGACCAGAACUACCGCCCACAGGCGGUACAUCCGCCCACAUCCGGCCACAUCGCCUCCGAGCGCCUUGUGUUCGCUGGCUAUGGACAGCAGUCGCAAUCGCAGGCGCAGCUCACCGCUCAGCCGAUGAGCGGAUCGAGACGACACUAUAGCGGCAGUCCGCUGAUACGGGACUUUGACUUCUUCCUGGACUCCACCAGUCGCAGCAGCGGCGAGCGGGAUGCCGAUCAGGAUGGGCUCAAUCACAACCAGCUGCUGAGCACGAGCAGCGGACAUGGCGGACACGGAAGCGUGGGAGGCAUGGGUGUGGGAGUGGGCAGUGGAAUAGGCGUGGGUCCGGGCGGUGGCCACAACUACCGCUAUUCGCCGGAGACCACCGACUACGAUUCCAACUGCGGCGAUAUGGACAGUCUCUCGGGUGAGAUGAAUGGCGGAGUGUCGACCUCCUGCUCGAACUACGCUAAAUUCUAUGCCUCGGCCAUGCCGGUCCUGGAGGAUGGCCUCUCCUCCGGUCACACCAGUGACACCGAGAACAACAACAACAACCAGAAGAACCUGCAGCAGUCGACGCUUAACCAGGGCGGCAACCAGUGCCCCAACAGCUUGAGCGGCAGCACCAGCAUCGGUGGCAGUGGCGGCAUCUCCAUGCUGAUGGACAUGAAGCGCAUCUCGACGAACCACAGCCUCAAUAGCAUGAACAACCAGACCAUCACCAGCAACACCAACACCACCAACACAACCAGCACAACGGAUAGCAAUGGCGGUGUCGGCGUGAUGGGUCACCACCUGGUGGCCACACUCGUCCACAGUCCCAACAAUGGGCAGGCAAAGUCGCAGGGUAAACCGCAGCUGCAAUCACAGCCGCCAAAGACAUUGUCACUAGAUCAGAGUCCCAGCAACCACAGCAAAGUGUUCAAGAACAUUGAUCCGGAGUUGGAUUCGCUCUACUCCAUUGGAGUUUUCCACCGUCCAGACACGGUGCAGAUGACGCCACCUCCGCCCGCACCGGCGCCACAUCGCAAGCCCAACAUCAAUGGCUGCUCCAGUGGCGUUGUGAACACCAAUGGCAGCAGCGACGUGGAUCUGCUGCAGCCGAGCACCAAGCACACUCCAUUGGCGGCGGCCAUUAGUUCCACGCUGCAGCGCAGUUCGCCCACCUCGACGAUAACCGGAAAUGGUAUCGCGACCGGAAACGGAAGUGGAAACGGAAACGGAAGUGGAAAGACCAGAAGCGCCAGCAGCAAUUGCAGCAGCAGCGCCAACGGCGGCAUGCCACCGCCCAUUCCGGAGAGAACCAAUCUCGUUGCCGCAGUGCAAAGAUCUCCAUCACCUGGCCGCAACUCACCCGUAUGGCUAUCGCGACACUUGGACGGCGGCGCUGGCAAGGAUCUGCUGGAAUCCGGCUCCGAUAACCACUCGAAGAAUCACAGCGCCGACGAGGAAGACGUUGACACCGAUCUGGAGACGGACCGCCUGCUGGGCCACCAGAGGCUGGACGAUCAGGGCUACUACGAUGAGAACAAGAGCUGGGAUCGCAAGCCGCGCUCGCUGCUCUCGAAGAUCUCGCCCAAGCAGCAGAUACCGAGCACCAAGACGCGCAACGGCUACAAUGCCCUGCUCAGCUCCACGCCGGAACUGCCGCCACCGAUUCCGCCAAAGGGUCAGUCCGGCUUGGGAUUGGGUCUCACGCUGGGCGCCGGCAAUGGUGGCAAGCUGCUCGACUUGGUUGGCGGCAUGGUGCAGCGCAGCUUAUCGCGCAGCUCGUCGGAGCACAGUGAGAAAUCGCCCAGUAUAAUGCCCAUUUCUGGCGGGGAUCUGUGUGCCGGCGGCGUGGAUGUGGUUGCCUCUGCUGUGGCGGCCACCUCGGCAACGGCGGUGACCAGCACGCCGGCGUUGGGUAGUCCCGGUAAUGGCGGCGGAUCGGAGCGAUCCGCUGCAGGCAUGACCAAUCCGGGUGGAGCAGUCAAGCUGGGCGAGCAGGAGAUGGGCGCCAUUAACGGUGGCAGCGCCUUGCCAUUGGGAGCAGGAUCGGGAACUGGAUCUGGAGCUGGAUCGGGAUCGGGAGCGGGAUCUGGAACUGGAGCGGGUGCCAAUGCAGCUGUGGUGGCCAACAGCAACGCCAGCAACAACAACAACAACAACAACGUCGGCGGCGGCAACAACAGCAACAACAGCAGCGGCAGCGGCGCCGGCAGCAACAGCAACAGCGGCGAGAAAAAAGUGAAAAAGAGUAAGAGCAAAGAAGGCGGUGCAGUGCUCAUCGAGGGCGUUCUCUUCCGGGCCAAGUACUUGGGCUCCACGCAGCUGGUCUGCGAAGGUCAGCCCACGAAAUCGACGCGCAUGAUGCAGGCGGAGGAGGCCGUCUCCAGGAUAAAGGCGCUGGCACCCGACGGCGAUGUGCAGCCCAGCACAGAGGUGGAUCUGUUUAUAUCGACGGAGAAGAUCAUGGUUCUGAACACGGACCUCAAGGAGAUCAUGAUGGAUCACGCCCUGCGCACCAUCUCCUACAUUGCGGACAUCGGGGAUCUGGUGGUGCUGAUGGCCCGUCGUCGCUUCGUUCCCCAGGACAUCGAUGAUGCACCCAAGCCGAAUCGCACGCCCAAGAUGAUCUGUCACGUGUUCGAGAGCGAUGAGGCGCAAUUCAUUGCCCAGUCGAUUGGCCAGGCCUUUCAGGUGGCCUACAUGGAGUUCCUCAAGGCGAAUGGCAUUGAGGAUCAUCGAUUUGUCAAGGAGAUGGACUACCAGGAGGUGCUCAACAGCCAGGAGAUCUUCGGCGACGAACUGGAGAUCUUUGCCAAAAAGGAGCUGCAAAAGGAGGUGGUUGUUCCAAAGGCCAAGGGCGAGAUACUGGGCGUGGUGAUCGUGGAAAGCGGCUGGGGCUCCAUGCUGCCCACCGUGGUAAUUGCGAAUCUAAUGAGCUCCGGCGCUGCUGCCCGAUGUGGGCAGCUCAACAUCGGCGACCAGUUGAUCGCCAUCAAUGGACUGAGCCUCGUGGGUCUGCCGCUCUCCACCUGCCAGACGUACAUCAAGAACACCAAGAACCAGACGGUGGUCAAGUUCACCGUGGUGCCAUGUGCCCCAGUCGUCGAGGUGAAGAUCAAGCGGCCGGAGACCAAGUACCAGCUGGGCUUCAGCGUCCAAAACGGAGUGAUCUGCAGUCUGUUGCGUGGUGGCAUUGCGGAGAGGGGUGGCGUUCGUGUGGGUCAUCGCAUCAUCGAGAUAAACAACCAGAGCGUAGUGGCUGUGCCCCACGAGAAGAUCGUAAACUUGCUAGCCACUUCGGUGGGCGAGAUACUAAUGAAAACGAUGCCCACGUCCAUGUUCCGCCUGCUGACUGGCCAGGAAAAUCCCAUAUAUAUUUAAGCCUGCGGCAGAGUAAUAAACGGCGAUUAUUGUUAACUAUAAAAAAAGAAAAAACCAAAACAAAAACACAACCUUACAAGGGUAUUACGAUAUUUAGUAUAUAUACCUAUACAUAUAGAGAAAGAACGUGAAAGAGGGAGUAAAUAUAUGUGUGUAUAUGCGUGUGUACCUAUAUAUAUACAUAUAUGCUAAACAUAUACUACACACGAGUGUAUCGAUUUUUUUUGUGAGUAAUACUAGACAAAGUUCGAUCGGAGGCGAGUUAAGAGCAGCUACUACGACAAAUAAGAGGAAGCGAUAACUAACACACACCAACACACACCAACACACACCAACUCACACCGACACACACAUGGCACGCCUUUAUGCAAAGCUUAGUAAUAAUAGUUAAUAUUGUGUGUGAGUUUGGGCCAGCGGCCAGGACAUGCAUAUAUACAUACAUACAUAAAUAUACAGACGAGUAUAUGAACAGAAUGACCUUUUUGCGAAAACGUCCUUAGCUUAGUUGAACGGCGACAUUAGUCAGAGAGAAACAGAAGCCCCAUAUAUGCUUACCCCCAUACUUAUUGUAAAAACCAAAAAAUGAAAUCCAAACAAAAGCAUGGCAACUCAAAAAAGCAACCCAAACAAGAUUCGAAUUCAGAUAGGAGGCGAGGCAGGCAGCUCUUUUGAUAUAGUAUAUAAAAUCCACACACUAUAUAGCACCAUCCCGAAUAUAUUUAUAUAAACAAAUGGAAAUUGGAUAGAGAAAUGGAGAUGGAAAUGAAUAUGAAAAUGAACAUGAAAAUGAAAAUGAACAUGAAAAUGAAAAUGAACAUGAAAAUGAACAUGAAAAUGAAACUGAAAAUGGAUAUUGUAACUGCAGCGUUUCGUUUUCUACUCGCACCCAUAGCCGAGAAUUUUGAUAGUUAUUUAACUAUGAAUAUAGCCAGAUCGUAAUGUAUGCCAUGUGUAAAUUAAGGAGCGCUUUACACCCCUCACAUAUACGAGAAGAACAUAUACCCCCCUCCCCAAUAGAGGAUUUAGUUUAGCAAACACUUACACUCACACUCACUUAGACGCUUCGAUUUCAACCAUCUUCGUCCAAAAAUUGUGCUACUACUCGUUAAACAAGUUGAUAGAUAUAAAAAAGGAUAACAGCAGGAGAAUAGAGACAGAGAGAGAGAGAGAGAGAGAGAGGGAUAGCCGGGUUAGAAAGAGAUUGACAGAUAGACCCCCGUUAUAAGCCAUAUGAAAUAGAAAGAGACGGACUAGCCUGCAAUAACGUACAUAUAUCUGAGCCCGCAUUUUAGAGCCACUCGAACGGCAAGAGACGGCAACAGGAACAGAGAUAGAGACAGCUAUAGGGACAGGCAGACAGUCGGACAUCCAGAGAGAAAGGGAGAAUUGCAUUUCUUUGUGUGUAUAUGUAUGUGUAAAAUACUCGCUAUUUGGCCCCACAAUCGCAAUCCACAAGCAACCGGCAGCAGCAGUCACUAAAAGAACUAUUAUUAACUACGAGUAUGAUUCAAUUGCAUAUGUAACUGCACCGGGGCAUUUGCUUGAUGUUUGUGAAUUGAUCGACUAUUUGGCCUCAUUUCCGCUGCUUGGCAAGGGCCACGCCCACGCCCACCAAAAACCGAAAA